GUCAUUUUGAAUAUGUUUUAGAUAAUAAAAGGGUGCUUAUUUAUACAUUGUUUGGUAUUGGACAUAUUCAAUAGUAAUAUAUAACAUAAUGAAUGACCCUUUUGAGGCUAAGGAGAGCAACUUUGAGGAUAACCAACGAUGGUUCUUGCUUGAAUAUUAUUUCCUUUUUACUGUCAUUUAAAACUACAAUCGCAUUCUGAUCCAAUUUUUAAAAAGGCUAGAUACCAGAUGUGCAAAAGCAGAACGUAGUGUCAUAGUGUAUUGAAGAAAACAUCAUUGUAUUUUGGUAACUGAAUCGUACUCUACAAACGCGUUUAAUUUUUGAAUUCGCGAAUUUCAUUACGCGACUCUUUUUUUCUGUACAAUACAAUCCAUGGAGUCUGAUUCGUUUGGAUUCCCAUUCCAGCCUUACUCUAUUCAAAAGGACUUUAUGAAAGCGCUAUACAGCACACUUUCAGAAGGGAAGAUUGGCAUAUUCGAAAGUCCUACUGGUACGGGUAAAUCGCUGAGCCUUAUAUGUGGAUCGUUAACAUGGCUAAAGGAUCAAGACGAAAAAGAAACUGAAACCAAAGAGCCCACUUUCAAACCGAAAGCAAAUCAACCAGAUUGGGUCACUGCCCUACAGACUACUUCAAGUAACAACAAGCAAAAAGUCGAAUUGGAGAGAAAAAGACAAGAAUUAAAGGAACGUAUCCAGCGUGUGCGUCAAUUGGAAGAUGACAAUGGUAUCAUUAAAUUAGCGGCAAGAAAGAAUAAAAAGCAAUUCAAGAGCAAUAAAGCAGUAGAAGAAGAAGAUGAAGAGUUUCUAGUGAAUGACUAUGAAAGUGGCGAUGAAAAUGAUCCCACUGCAAGCCCUAAAAUAAAGCAAAAUAUAGAUCAAAACUCAAACCUUUCUAAAGAAGUACAAGAAUUGCUGGCCAAAUUUGAAGCAAAGAAGGCACCUACUAUAUCGUAUAAUGAUAAAGAAGAAGACUUAGAAUUGGAGCAAGAAACCAAGAUAUAUUAUGCUUCCAGAACACAUUCACAAUUGUCUCAAUUUGUUCAUGAAAUCAACAAAACAAUGCACGCUAAAGAUGUAUAUGAAGUGUCGCUUGCAUCUAGAAAGAACUUGUGUAUUCAUUCGGAUAUCAAAAAGCUCAAUAAUCUCCACAAAAUCAAUGAAGCAUGCCUUGAUCUACAAAAGAAAGGCUCCAAAAAGAAAUCUUGUCAGUAUUUGCCAUCAUGGGAUAAUACAGCCAAAUGGAACGAAUUUCGGGAUCAUGCACUGGCUCGUGUAAGAGACAUUGAAGACUUGGUAGAAGUAGGUGAGAAGCUCUCUAUUUGUCCAUAUUAUGGAUCAAGGAAUGCAGCAAAAUCAGCAAGACUUGUUGUAUUGCCUUAUCAACAUCUAUUACACACUAGCACAAGAGAGUCUUUGAAUAUAUCAUUGAAGAACAGUGUAGUCAUUAUCGAUGAAGCACACAAUUUGAUGGAAACAAUAACAUCCCUCUAUACUGUCUCACUCUCUUUAUAUCAAAUUCAACUUGCUUGGAAUCAACUAAACCUGUAUAUUCAAAAAUACAAGACACGAUUAAAGGGCAAGAAUAUCGUCUAUAUCAAACAAAUCUUGAGUAUUAUCAAAAUUCUGAUUCGACAUUUAACGCCUAAAGAAGAAAGUCAAAGAAAAGACAAUGUGAUGCAUGUCAAUGAAUUUGUACAUGCUUGUGGGAUUGACCAUAUCAACAUGUACAAAAUCAAAAACUAUUUAGAAGCAAGUGGACUUGCACGAAAAUUGAACGGAUUUAUAGAUAAAGCAAGAGAAAAGGAGCAAGAAGAAAGGUUAAAAAAUCCUAAUACUCAACCCUCGCCUUCAUUAAAUUCUUCAACAUUGACCUUGACACAGAUUGAAUCAUUCCUAAUGGCACUUACAAAUCCCGACAAGGAUGGUCGUAUUGUUACCGGUUUUGAGAGUGCAGACAAUACAGGUGCAUCUAUCAAAUACAUGCUCCUUAAUCCAGCGGAUGCUUUUAAGCCAGUAGUGGAAGAAUCAAGAAGUGUCAUUCUAGCUGGUGGUACAAUGGAACCUAUAUCCGAUUUUUUACAUCACUUGUUUCCUUUUAUCCCUAAUGAAAAGAUUAGACACUUUUCUUGUGGUCACAUUAUACCACCAUUCAAUCUUUCUACUACCACACUCGAGCAAGGUCCUUCAGGGAAGCAAUUUGUGUUUAAUUAUGAAAAUAGACAAGACUUGAAGUUGAUGGAUGAAGUAGGACAAUCGAUUGUCAACCUGGUCAAUGUCAUUCCAGAUGGAAUUGUUGUAUUCUUUCCUAGUUUUACUUAUCUUGAACAAGUCUACAAGAGGUGGUCUACAGUUGAAAGUGGAUCUAUUCUGGAGCGUAUACAAAAACGAAAAAAGAUAUUCAAAGAGCCUAGAGAGAGCAAUAUGGUUGAAGCAACACUUCGAGACUAUACACUACAAAUUGAUUCUCCUGACAAGAAUAUGGGAGCCAUGUUAUUAUGUGUAGUGAACGGCAAAAUGUCUGAAGGUAUCAAUUUCUCUGACAGGCUUGGAAGAGGUGUGAUUAUGAUUGGAUUACCUUUUGCAAACAGAGGAUCAGUAGAAUUGAUUGAAAAGAUGAAAUAUGCUGAACAACAACUGAACACAGCCAAUGCAGGUACAGAAUACUACGAGAAUUUGUGUAUGCGUGGUGUAAAUCAGUCAAUUGGUCGUGCUAUUCGUCAUCGAGGUGAUUAUGCGACUAUCAUCUUAAUUGACAAAAGAUAUGCUACACCUCGAAUUUGUAACAAACUGCCAAAAUGGAUUGGCGAUCAUGUAGAGCACAUUGACACAUUUGGUAAAAUAAUGGGAAAGGCUUCAAAAUUCUUUAGAGAAAAGCAAAUUUUAUAAACAAACUGUAUUAUACCCUAUUUAUUUUUUAUAUUACGCAUCCACAGAUGCAUAUGAGGCGUGCCUGCUUCAUCAAAAAUAUUGCCAUCGUCUUUUUCAAGCACAAACCCCACUUUUUGAAGACCACGCGCAUCUCCAAGUACAGUGCCUCCAUCCUUAAACCUUAUAAACCUUGAUUUCAUUUCAAAUCUUUUGUAAUUUUAAAGGCCUGUUCUGUGCCGAGUUCAAUUUGCUCAAAUCUAUUUUUGUGUGAUCAUCUUCAUGUCACAAACAAGAUAUAAAAAACACAAUUAGCCACUCAUUCCCUUUUCUUUCUUUUAUACAUAUAUUUUAUCUUUAAAC